CUCCCUCCUCCCUCCUCCUCCUCCUCAGCAGAUCGCCCCGGUCUGCAGCCUGGAUGUCGGAUCUCAGCUGUGCCGCCGCCGCAACAGAUGUCUGAGCGCUAGCCAGCUGAGUAGAGGACUUCCCUCUCUGCCCCGUGCUCUCCACCUGCAGCCAUGAACGGUGGAGCCAGUGUGUGGGCCAUCACUCUCGAGGAGAAGGGGAAACACGACAAACAGUUUGACAGCCUCGCCCCCGUCCUCGGCUAUGUCUCAGGAGAACAAGCAAGGAAGUUCUUCCUCCAGUCUGGCCUGCCCGCUUCUGUCCUGGCUGAGAUCUGGAAUCUGGCUGACAUUGACAGUGAUGGGAAGAUGGACAGACUGGAGUUCUCCAUAGCCAUGAAGCUCAUUAAACUCAAGCUUCAGGGCCGGAAUUUGCCCUCUGCCCUGCCAAUCAUCAUGACGCAGCCUCCAGUCUCCAAUUCGGUUUCAACCUUCCCGACAUCAGCGCGUUUUGGAAUGGGUUCUAUGCCAAAUCUGUCAGUUGGUCUGUCAUCCAUGUCAGCUAUGUCAACCAUGCCCAUCCUAACACCCCUCCUGGCUAACCCUCCUAAUCCCUCUCUGCAACCCCUGGUGCCAACGCCAAUGACCCUGCCCCUCAUCACCUCGCUGGGAAACUCUGGACUCCUCAAUGGCAAUGUCAGCCUCCUCAGCCCACCACUUGUUCCCAACAACGCAGUGCUCCCUCUCUCUGGCUUCUCUUCACCAAUGGCAUUCUCUCCAACCACUGGCAUGUCAAAAGCCAACUCCCUCCUGGACCUGGGAUCCAGCAGUUCAAGUUCUUCCUCCACCACGUCGUUGGCCAGCAACUCCCCGAAGACGGGCGCGAGCGACUGGGCCGUUCCGCAGGCCUCCAGACUGAAGUACCGUCAGCAGUUCAACACACUGGACAAGCUCAUGAGUGGCUACUUGUCAGGACCUCAGGUUAGAAAUGCUCUGUUGGCAUCAAACCUAACCCAGACUCAGCUGGCUACCAUCUGGACUCUGGCAGAUGUGGAUAAGGAUGGUCAGCUACGAGCGGAUGAGUUCAUUCUGGCUAUGCACCUGGUGGACAUGGCUAAAACGGGUCGACCGCUGCCACUCACUCUUCCUCAAGACCUGGUACCUCCCUCUCUCAGAGGAGGAAUCAAGUCCAGUGAGCUUGUUAAUGGAACGGGGCCCUACAUAACUCCCUGUUUAAUAGACACAAUAGAGCCAGAACCUGCACAAAAGACCAAGAGCAGUGUGUCCUUUGAAGACAAGCUAAAGGAAAACUUUGCACGAGGCAGCGCCGAGCUGGAGAAACGACGACUGGCCCUGGAGGAGGCGCAGAGGAAAGAGAGGGAGAGGAGGGACAGGGAGGAGAGGGAGGCUCAAGAAAGGAGGGAGAGGGAAGCCAGGGAGCAGGAGAACCGCAGGAGGCUGGAGGAGGAGAGGCGGUUGGAGAGGCAGAGACAGAGGGAGGAGGAGAGGCUGAGGGAGCUGGAGAGGAAGGAGGCGGCAAAGCAGGAGAUGGAGCGCCAGCGGAGGGAGGAGUGGGAGCGAGGGAAGAAGGAGGAGCUGGGCAGGAUGAGAGAGGGGGAGCAGGAAGAAAUCUCUCAACUCAGGGCCAAAAAGAGGUGUCUGGAGUUGGAGCUGGAGGCUGUGGGCAACAAGCACAAGCAGAUCUCAGACCGCCUCCGUGACGCUCAGAGCAAGAAGCGGAUUCAGAAGGCAGAGGUGGACCUCAUCAAUCAGAAGAGGGACGCUCGCGUCGCAGAGAUCAGCACACUGCAGCUGCAGUUUGAGGAAUGGCAGAGGAAGCUGUCAGUGCUGGUCCCGGAACAACAGAGGCUGACAGAGAAGCUGCGGAACAUCAACCUCAACAAACUCUCAUCGGCGUCUUUGACCUCUGUGAGCACAAGUGUGACGGAGAAAGGCGUGAACUGCCGGAGGCUGAAGGACCAGCUCGACACUCUGGAGCGGGAGACGACAGACAAACUGACCGAGAUGGAGCAGUACAACAGGGAGCUUAAGCUAGGGGAUAUGGAUGACUGUGUCCUGCGGGGCCUCCUGUCUCUGCUGGCCUGCCUCAGCCAGCUCUUCCUCCUCAUCAAGGAGCUGAGGGAGAAGCAGACGAGGCAGCAGGCUGUCCUGGACGACCUGCACCGGGUCAAAGAGGCGAAAGUGAGGGAGCUGCAGAGACGCAGGGAGGAGGAGAGAGAAAGGAGGAGGAGGGAGGAGGAGGAGGCGGCCAGACAGGCAAAGCUAGAGGAAGAGAGGAGAGCGCAGGAGCAGCGGGAACAGGAGAAGAGGGAGAGGGAAGAAGAGGAGGCCCGGCAGAGGAGGCUCCUGGAGGAGCAGAGGGCCAGACAGAGGGAGGAGGAGGAGAGGGCGGCUCAGAUGAGCCUCCGAGCAGCCCAGGAGAAAGCACAGGAGGAGGAGAGGAGGAGAACGGAGGAGGAGGAGAAGAGGAAAAAGGAGGGGGAGGAAGAAGAGAGGAAACGGAGAGAGGAGGAAGAGAGGAAGAGGAAAGAGGAGGAGGAGGAAAGAGGGCAGCAGCCGGCGUUGGUGAGUCAGCGAUCAUCCGUGCUGACCACGUACAGAGCCCUGUACUCAUUUGUUGCCCGAAACACAGAUGAGCUGAGUAUAGACGCAGACGGUCUCAUAGAGGUGGACGAGCAGACUGUCGGUGAGCCUGGAUGGUUAUGCGGGAGUUACCGUGGAAACAAGGGCUGGUUCCCCCAGAGUUAUGCGGAGAAAUGUCCCGCAGCCUCCACCGCUGAGACGGCCCCUUCUUCGCCUGGGAAAAAGUCCUGUCCGCCGCCGCUACUUAACAUAGGAAUCCCAGAUGGGGAGGCAACAGAUGAUAACACUGCUCCCGCCCAAUCAGACGCUUCACAGUCCUCGGCCUCUCUGCUGGCUCGCGCCGUCUCGUCGUGGUCGGCCGCCACGGAAACUCACCACGGCUUCUCCUCCGGUGAAGCCAUCACUGCGCUGCUGAGCAUCUCCCAGGGCGACGCCAUCAGAGUGCUGCAGCAGAGGGACCAGUGGUGGCUGGGGCAGCUCAACGGGACGCAGGGAUGGUUCCCCAAAAGCUACGUCACUUUGGAGACGGGUGGCAAUGCAGAUGUGGAUGCCUUUGACACAUACGACUCUGUUCAACUAGAGGAGUAUGUGGCUUUGUACACGUACGAGAGCCCAGAGGCGGGCGACCUGACGUUUGUCGAGGGGGAUGUUGUCAUGGUGACGGAGAGAGAAGGAGAGUGGUGGCGGGGAUGCAUCGGGGACCAGACCGGGGUGUUUCCCUCCAACUACGUCCGACCUGUUGAGCCAGAGGUGUCAAAACCUGGAGCUGUAGUAAAGAAACCUGAGAUUGCCCAGGCGCUCACCACCACCGUCACCCCGACGACACAUCAACUGCAUCUGUCUCCGGGGCAACUGAUCGUGGUCUUGGCCAAGAACUCCACCGGCUGGUGGCUCGGGGAACUGCAGGCUCGGGGAAAGAAGCGGCAGAGAGGCUGGUUUCAUUCCUCUCAUGUCAAGCUCCUGGGUCCCACCAGCAACAAGUUGUCCCCCUCCCCUCUGCCAGUGUGCCAAGUCAUCGCAAUGUACGACUACGCUGCUGCCAGUCGGGAUGAGCUGAGCUUCUCCAAGGGUCAGCUGAUCAACAUCCUGGACAAGACCAACCCUGAUUGGUGGAAGGCAGAAGCCAAUGGGGUCACGGGCCUGCUGCCAACCAACUAUGUCAAGAUGACAACAGAAUCUGACCCCAGCCAGCAAUGGUGUGCCGACCUGAUGACGUUGGACACCAUGACCCCUCAGGAGAGGAAGAGACAGGGUUACGUCCAUGAGCUCAUCCAGACUGAGGAGACUUAUGUGGAGGACCUGGAGCUGGUACUAGAGGUUUUCUACAAGCCCAUGUCUGAGUCAGGCCGCCUAACAGAAGCUGAGAUGGCUGUGAUCUUCGUUAACUGGAGGGAGCUGAUAUUGUGUAAUACCAAACUGCUCAAGGCCCUGCGUGUCCGAAAGAAGACAGGGGGAGAGAACAUGCCGGUUCAGCUCAUAGGAGACGUGCUGGCGUCGGAGCUGGCGCACAUGCAGCCCUACAUCCGCUUCUGCUCCUGCCAGCUCAACGCUGCGGCCCUGCUGCAGAGCAAGACCCACAACCAGCCCGACUUCAAAGACUUCCUCAAGAAGAUCGCCACGAACUACCGCUGUAAAGGAAUGCCACUGUCCAGCUUCCUCCUCAAGCCCAUGCAGAGGAUCACACGCUAUCCCCUGAUUAUCAAGAAUAUCUUGGAGCACACUCCAGAGGGCCAUGCGGACCGCGGGCCCCUGAGAGAAGCUCUGGAGCGAGCCGAGGAGCUGUGCUCCCAGGUGAAUGAGGGGGUCAGGGAGAAGGAGAACUCGGACCGGCUGGAGUGGAUACAGAGCCGCGUCCAGAGCGAGGGUCCCAUCGAGCAUUUGGUGUUCAACUCGCUGUCUAACUGCCUCGGGCCUCGCAAGCUGCUCCACAGCGGUCGGUUGUACAAGACCAAAAGCAGCAGGGAGCUGUGGGCUUUCCUCUUCAACGAUUUCCUCCUCCUCACGCACAGCGCCAAACCCUUCUCCUCCUCAGGACCCGACAAGCUCUUCAGCCCCAAGUUUAACAUACAGCUGAAGAUAUACAAAACACCACUAUUUCUGAAUGAGGUGUUGGUGAAAACGCCCGCCGACCCAUCCAGUGAUGAGCCGCUCUUCCACGUCUCACACAUCGAUCGCGUCUACGCACUCAAAACUGAGACCUUGAACGAGAGGGCAACAUGGGUCCAGAAAAUCAAAGCAGCAUCUGAACAUUUCAUAGAAACUGAGAAGAAAAAGAGAGAGAAGGCUUACCAAGCGCGUUCCCUGAAAACCAGCGGUAUCGGCCGACUGCUGGUGACCGUCACUGAAGCUCAAGAGCUCAAGGCCUGUAAACCCAACGGUAAGAGUAAUCCUUACGUCGAGCUGACGAUGGGGGCGCAGUGCUACACCUCCCGGCCCGUCAACGACACCCUGCACCCCAAGUGGAACUUCAACUGCCAGUUCUUUAUCAAAGACCUCUACCAGGACGUCCUGUGUAUCACCGUGUUUGAGAAAGACCAGUUCUCACCAGACGAUUUCCUCGGUCGGACUGAAGUUCCUGUGGCGACUAUCAAGAAGGAGAUGGAGAGCAAAGGUGCUGCAAACCGACGCCUGCUGCUGCACGAAGUCCCCACUGGGGAAGUCUGGGUCAAACUGGACCUGCAGCUGUAUGAGCCGGGCAAAUGAGAACACGUAGCAAAACACUCCCUCGGGCCACAGACGUUUGUUUUAUAGUAAUAAAUAAACAGAAGACAUUUUCAAUAAGCAGAACCCGUUUUAACAGCCUAAAAGUGCCUGUUUGUAGAGGUGCAAGCAAGGCCAUGAUACAACACCGUCCCUGACUUGGUCAGCCCUGAGCCAUCCGGAUUCUUAAGUGACCUCAGACAGAAAGGGAAGGAGACCUUGCCAAAAAAUGUAGAGAGACAAACUGGUGAAUUGUCCUCGGAGGUAGUGAUUUAUUGUGGAAAAGGGAAUUCUUACUACAGACAAAUCUGCGAAAUAUGUGAUUGUAAUCGCCCAUACUUAAAUGUUCACAAGUUGGAAAUCCACCUAGACAGACAUGCCUUAAAAUGUAAUGUGAUUUUCCUAUAUAGUUAAGAGAUGCAAUAUUUUUGCACCCUUCUUACACAUUUCUAUACAAUGCUGUUUGUUCACACACAUACACCACUGUAUGAUGUCAGAGGUUAUUGUGUCAGAAAGUACGCCAUCAAAUCGUGAACAUGGCAGAAAUAAAAUCAGUCGUAUUAGU